AUGCAUGAUGAUGCUCCUAGGAGCGCUGCAUCUGCUGACACGGAUCUAUAUUCAGCGUCGGUUAAUGUUUCAGAACCAGACACAGAGAUCGUAGGCGGACCUGAGCUGUUCAUUGAUCGUGGGAGCACUAUCAACCUCACCUGCGUCGUCCGACAUAGUCCCGAGCCACCAGCAUUUAUAUUCUGGAACCACAACGAUGCUAUCAUCAGUUAUAACAGCUUGAGAGGAGGAGUCAGCGUAUCCACAGAACGGGGAGAAAUAAGUAGAAGUGUACUCCUCAUCCAGAAAGCCAGACCAUCAGACUCGGGAAACUAUCAAUGUAACCCUUCCAAUGCUAGGCCGGCCAAUGUUACCGUACAUGUGUUGAACG